UAAUGUGUUUCACACCUUAAGAGAAAAUCAUGAUAUAUUUAGACGAUAAAUUCCUGAAAGUAUGUCUAUAGUAAUUUAACAAGAACUAUAUUAAAUUAUCUAAAAAUAAUUAAGAAUGCAAUAAGAAAUUAGCAAUUCACUUCAUCGAAAAUCAUAAAAGAGAAUUUUUAAAAGAUCAAAAAGUCAAGCUAAAGUGUAUAAAGAUUAUAAAUGAAAAGAGAAAAUGGAAAAACAAAAAACAAAGGAAAAAAAUAUAUUAGAGGAACAGAUAAUGUUGGAUAAAAUUAAUUGAUAUAUGAAAAAUAGUUUAUAAUAUAACAAAAGCAAAACUCAUUGUAUUCGAUUUUUGUCUUUUUAUAUUUUUUGAUUUCGAUUAAGUUAUACCCAAUUUAUAUAGAUGAAACUGGGAUUGGGAAUGAUUAUCGAUAAAAGGUAUGGAGCAAAAUUGGAUAAAAUUCAAUUCCAAUUUUAUUACAAAUAUCAAAAGGAUAAUUAUAAUUAGUGCUAUUGGACAAGGAUUUGGUCUUUUUUCAAUAUAUAAAACAAAUGUAAACGCUCAUAUUACGAAAAACUCUAAUUGCUCGUUUUAUUUAAUUUUAUAAUGAAAUAUUUGGUCAAGGAAUGUAUUUUUUUAUUUUAGAUAAUUCAUUUAUUCAUUAGGAACAAUUUCUCAAAUAGCAUAUAGUCAAUUAAAUCAGUCAUCUUUAUAUUCCUCCUUAUUGCCCAUAACUUAAUCCUAUUGGAAAAGUUUGA